AUGAAUUUCACGCUAUCGACAUCACUUCAGCACAACGAAUCAAACAUCAUUAAUGGGACGAUAACUCUUGAGGUUGGCAGCGGGGUCGGCGAAGAUAUCUACAAGACAACUCGUCUCAUCUGCGUCGGGUUUAUCGGCCUUGUCCUUAGUCUCAUCGGAGUCCCUACCAACGCAGUCACGUGUCUCGUUUUCGCUCGACAACGUCUUCGAGAGCGCAUGAACCUCUGCCUCUUCUGUCUUGGUCUCGCCGACCUCCUCCUCAUGUCAGUAAUGUUAGGGUACAGCCUCGUCACCAUAUUCAGUGAUCUACGUCUGUUGGGUUUCACUGAGGAGCAGUACAGUAAGGCUGUUCUGUACGCCCUCAGCUCCAUCUACGCUCUGCGCGCCACAUCCGGGUGCUACAACGUCGUCAUCGCUGUCGAGCGCUGCAUCUGCGUCAUGUUGCCGCUGCACGCGGCCGCCCUCAUCCGCACCAGAAGCAUGGGCGUGCUGCUGGCCAUCUUGCCGCUGCUGCUUCAGGCCGGCUUCCUCACCCUCCCACUCAGAUUCCAACUUGUCCGAACGGAGAACAUGGACACCGUCCAGUGGCAUCUGCUUCCUUCACGACUGUGGCUGGAAAACCAGUUUGUAUUCGAUCUCAUCUUGUACACCAUCCUCAGUACGACUUUACCCCUCAUAACAUUCUUCAUAAUUUCUGCAGCUACUCUAAUUACUGUUAUUAAACUGAAAGUUUCACUAAAAUUCAGAGAAAGAUCAUCUUCUUCGAGAAAGGAUGUCAUUCGACACCAGACGGCGCUGACAAAAGUUCUGGUCGUAGUAUCCUUGGUUUACAUCGUAACUAUGCUUCCGUUCGUAGGAUACAUUGCCGGCCACUUAUUUGUGGAUCAGUUUUCUCCCUUUGGCCGUUACGCUUAUCUUUACAUGACCUUCAGCACCAUCGUCAACGUUUGUCCUUUCAUCAACUGCUCUUUCAACUUCUUCAUCUACUGCAGUCGCUCCACGCGCUUUAAAGAAGACCUCGGCGCUCUAUGGCGGGGUCAACGAAAAGCGAAGUCUCAGCUGAUUGCAAGUGUCUCCAGUGUACAUAGUCGUUGGUAA